CUUUCCUCGGCACCGCCGGUGUAGAUUUAUUCCCGGAGCCUCAAGGAUGAGCUAUCUUGUUCUUCUUUGAUUUCCCGCAAACCUCAGCGCCAGACCUUUCCUCGAUUCCUCCUCUUCCUCUUGUGGCGCUGUGCCCUAGCCGGAUCUUGGAGAGACGUUCGAUUGUUGAGGUAAUCUGGUGGGGGAGUCUUCUUCCGGCAGCAACCAUCUAUGGUUGAGGAUCAUCAGAAAGUGAACUGUUGAUUGCCUCUAAACCUUACGUGAGAAAGAUUCCAGCAGGGAAGUUUAGUUCUGUGGUGUUCUUUGGUCCCAUCAACCACUCUUUCAUGGCAGUAACGAUUCUGGAUUGGGGAUCAACAGAAGGGGCUGAGCUUGAGUUAAGAUUGGGAGGCCAGGGUAUAGGGUCUCAAAGCAAUUUGAUCCAGAGACAAAACAACGGUCUCUUCUGUUUCAGUAAGCGAUUGGUGGUUUGGAUGUCAAUGAGUGGAACGGUAGAAGGGUCGUCUCUAAACCCAAAUGCCCUACACUCUGUUCUGCAGCAGUUGCGGGAGUCAGUGCAGGCAUUGUUGGAACACUUCCAUCAGUGGAGGCAACAAGAGAUGGCUGGCAAAGACUUGUUUGAGACUGCCUCUGUGGAGGCUUUAGUCAUGAACCUGAGCACCAAAUCUCCGAAAAAAGGCGUGAGGCCGGGUAAAUAUCGUGAAAAACCUGUCCAAUGCGUAAGGCCAAAGUGUGCUCCUCGCCGCAUCAUUCUUCGAGGCCGACUAGCUAUUUGUGCUUUUUUGUUUUAAAUUCGAAUGUCACUAUACUUUGAAACAGAACUAUUUAGUCUUUGUGUAUAGUUGAAUUCUCCUGUAAAUACUAAUACUUUGUAAUUGAAUUCUAUUGUUUUGGUA